UGCUGCAAGCCCUGCUGCUGCUGUGAGUCUAGCUGCUGUAAGCCCUGCUGCUGUCAGUCCAGCUGCUGUAAGCCCUGUUGUUGUGAAUCCAGCUGCUGCAAGCCCUGUUGCUGUCAGUCCAGCUGCUGCAAGCCCUGUUGCUGUCAGUCCAGCUGCUGCAAGCCCUGUUGCUGUCAGUCCAGCUGCUGCAAGCCCUGUUGCUGUCAGUCCAGCUGCUGUAAGCCCUGUUGCUGUCAGUCCAGCUGCUGCAAGCCCUGCUGCUGUCAGUCCAGCUGCUGCAAGCCCUGCUGCUGCCAGUCCAGCUGCUGUGGGUCAUGUUGCUGUCAGUCCAGCUGUUGCAAGCCUUGCUGCUGUCAGUCCAGCUGCUGCAAGCCCUGCUGCUGUCAGUCCAGCUGCUGCAAGCCCUGCUGCUGUCAGUCCAGCUGUUGCAAGCCCUGCUGCUGUCAGUCCAGCUGUUGCAAGCCCUGCUGCUGUCAGUCCAGUUGCUGCAAGCCCUGCUGCUGUCAGUCCAGCUGCUGCAAGCCC